CACGGAUUGAUCUGAGGGGCGGAGUCAGGCGGCUUCGCGGCGGUGGUGGAAGGACGAUCCGGGCGCCGCGCAGCACAGAGCAGGCUGCACCAUGGUGAAGAUCGCCUUCAGCUCCCCGUUCGCCCACAAGGACGAGCCCAAGAAGGAUGCGGCCGAGGCGCUGGUGGCCGACAAGGAUCCAGAAAUUGCAACACACGGAAAUGAAAAUUCAUCUGGAAGGUGUUUAUUGACCCUGCUGGGACUUGCAUUCAUUUUAGCAGGGGUUGUGGUUGGUGGAGCUUGCAUCUACAAGUACUUCAUGCCUAGGCAUAAGGUAUACCGUGGGGAAAUGUGUUACUUUGAAAAUGAAAAUCAGGAUCAUGCUGUGGAACCAUACUUCCUGCCCAUUGCAGAAGAAGCUGAUAUUCGGGAAGAUGAUAACAUAGCAAUCAUUGAUGUUCCAGUUCCGAAGUUCUCAGAUAGUGAUCCAGCAGCAAUUGUUCAUGAUUUUGACAGGCUUCUGACUGCUUAUCUUGACUUACAACUGGGUAACUGCUAUGUGAUCCCUCUGAAUACAUCCAUUGUUAUGCCACCAAGGAAUCUGAUGGACCUGUUUGCAAAACUGGCGACUGGUUCUUACUUGCCUCAGACAUAUCUAGUCCGUGAAGAAAUGGUGGUAACGGAAGAGAUAGAUAAUGUGUCUGAUUUGGGCAUUUUCAUUUACCAGCUUUGUGUUGGAAGAGACACCUUCAGACUGCAGCGCAGAGAUCAGAGAGCAGGUGUCCAGAAGCGCUCAGCUGAGAGCUGUCAUAUAAUCAGACACUUUGCAAAUUCUUUUGUGGUUGAAACAAAGAUCUGUCAACAGUGAAAAAAAUGGAUAGAAAGUGACUAUUUCACAUCUUCAUUAAGACGUCUGAGCUUUACAGCUUGACUUCUAAAUUAAAAUGUGCAGUGAUAAUCAAAAGCCUUAUUAUGAAUCUCCUGUGUAUUGCUUGUAUUACAAAACACAAAAUCACCAUUUCAGCUUUCUUUGAUUCUUGGUGUAACAGAAUAUUUUUAAUGAAACUGAAAUUUGAGAAGUUUAGAAAAAAAAUGGUGUCCACUUAUCCAUUGAAUGUGUCUGGCUUAGAAUUUUUCUGGGAAUAACAAAAAAAAAUAAGUUAAUUGAUUCCUUGCCCAGAAUCAGUUCUCAUACACCUCUUUUGAUUUUUCACAGAAUGAUUACAUUAAUGCAUAAAUAAUCUGUGGUUUGCACAUUUAGUAUAGUUCUGUAGAUUUGCUCUACACUCAGUUUUCUGGUUUAACCCUUCACCCCCAACUUUUUAACAUUUAUCGUUAAAGAUUUUGUUCUAACACCAGUUGUGAAGCAUGUAAGAUCUAACCUCAGUGAUUAUAAACCUCUAGCAUUGCUUUUUCAUUUUGUGCAAUUACUGUAUUGAACUCUUAUGUAUAUUUGGAACCUUCUCUAAGUUUACAUUUAAAAUCUUUAUUCUUUUGUUUGAUUUUUGUGGUAUUUAGUUGUCAUAGAUUUAGUUGUGGUUAAUCUCUCACGUUUGUGUCAGUAUUUUGGUUAUAAAUUGGUUUAUCUUGUAACUUCUUCUUGUUUUAUGAAACCUCUCUUGGUAUGGCCCACUUGUGGAUGUAACCGUAGCUGUAAAUUUAAACUACUUUGGCCUGUACACAGACUUUUUAGAUCAGAACUUUUUAUGAGCAAGUAGCAUUAAUUUCUGCAGUCAGGGUAUUGACUGUUGAUGAGAACUGCAGUAUAAAGAUGGUAAAGAAUUGCUAGAGUGCUACAGAUUCAAAACUUGAGUUUGUUUUAAUAAGGGACUUUAUAUUGGCAUAAAUCCUGCAACCUUAUAAUAAAUGUUUCUCUAGAA